AUGGCACUGUUCGAGUCUUAUGAAAAGCAGUACGGGAAUUUGACGAGUGACAUAACUUUCAAACUCGGAAAAAUACCUCAGUUAAAAGGUGGUGAAAGAGCAAAAGAAGUACAUGAUGUUUCCGUACUUUUUGAUGAGACAAGGGAGUUAAUUGAACAGAUGUCUCUGGAGGUUCAGGAAAUGCGACCUGACAUCCGAUCCAAGUUUCAAAAUCGUCUUGAGUGCUAUCGAAAAGAACUAGAGAAACUUACAACAGAAUUUCGGCGACCGCGUUAUGCUGUUAGAGGUCCUGACCAUAAAGAAUUAUACGGUUCCGAUGACGAGGAUACUUUACAUGAAGAAGUUUUGUUCGAUACAGACAUGAGAGCUCAACUUCUGAGCAACACUGAACGAAUAUCUCGGACUACUACCAAAUUAGGAGACGGUGUACGAAUCGCUUUGGAAACAGAAGAAGUAGGUGGUCAUAUACUACAGGACUUAAGCGAGCAACGAGAGAAGCUUCAAAGAAGUAGAGAUAGGCUUCGUCAGGCAGAUUCCGAUCUGAAAAAGAGCUCCCAAAUACUUGCAGUAAUGACUCGCAGAAUUCUUCAAAACAAAUUCCUUCUUAUCACUGUGAUAUUUUUAAUGGUGCUAAUAUUUUUCCUAACAAUAUAUUUGGUCACUCGUCGUGCCACAUCACCCACAAACUCGUCUCCUGCAACAAUAAACUCAUCGCGUCCAUGA